GCUGCGUCAAACGACGAUUUCCAAUAAAAUGUUCUCUAAAUUAUUACUUUAACUGGUUAAAUGAAAUAAAUAAAGCUUGUAAAUAGUACUUUAAAUAAUUCGGAGGGCACUCAUAUGCUUAUGUGGAAAAGUUUAAACAUCGCUACAUCCGCUAAAUGAAUUAGACUAGUGAACCUUAUCAGGAUAAAAUGGGUGGUUUAUUUAGUUACUUCAGAGGGUUACUAGGGGCACGAGAAAUGCGGAUUUUGAUCCUCGGAUUAGACGGCGCCGGGAAGACGACAAUUCUAUACAAAUUGCAAGUGGGUGAGGUGGUCACUACCAUUCCCACCAUCGGGUUCAACGUAGAACAGGUCACGUACAAAAACUUAAAGUUCCAAGUGUGGGAUCUCGGAGGACAGACCAGUAUUAGGCCCUACUGGCGAUGUUACUAUGGCAACACAGAUGCUAUAAUUUAUGUUGUAGACUCUGCAGACAGAGACAGAAUAGGGAUAUCAAAAGACGAAUUGGUUCAUAUGCUAAGAGAAGAAGAACUAGCUAAUGCAAUACUAGUGGUGUUAGCGAAUAAGCAAGACAUGGCAGGCUGCCUGACCGUGGCGGAGGUGCACCAGGCGCUGGGGCUGGACGCGCUGCGCGACCGCACCUUCCAGAUCUUCAAGACGUCGGCCGUGCGCGGCGAAGGGCUCGACCAGGCCAUGGACUGGCUGUCUAGCGCGCUGCAGGCCAGGAAAUAACGAAUAAUUACCCAUGAGCUACAAAAUACGGGAUGCGGGAAGGAGAUAGCAGCCAGCGGCCCAGAGCGCGGGAGAGAGAUAGUAAUACCAUAGUCACUUGUAACUACAAUAGCGUUAAGUACUUAGCGUCGCCGCUUAAGCCGUCGAAUGUGUUAGCCUUAUUUUAUGCAGGGUCCAGACAUAUGACCAACUCUGGCUAAAGUAAAUGGGCUCGAGAGACUGUCAACUCGCACGAGUAGUAACAUUAUCUAUCUCUCUCUCCUGCAUCUCUUUUCUCCCUCUUACUUUAAGGCGAAUAGUUGGGCUGACACGAGCGCCUUUAAAGCAGAGUGAGGCAUGUGAAUGCCGAAUGGCGGCGAGACGAGCCGAGUGUACUUAACAUAUCGGCGCCUGCCUAUAGUGCCUAUAGGUACUUACAUUCGCCUGAAUAGCCAUAUGUCUGUACCGGGCGUAAGACCAAGACCGGGCGUAUGAUUAUCAAUAAAUCAAGCAUAGUUCCAAUUUGGACAACCCUAGUCGCUAGUUAAAUAUUACAUGCUAUUAAAAAAUCCGCUGCACGAUAUAAAUUAACGGUAUACAACACGACAAAACGCACAACCGAAAACGUUCGUACGGAAUUUAAUUUGCGCGAGUAAAACGUCUAGCUGUUUUUAUACUUCUUAUACGACAUCACAGCCGAAAAUCAUAUGAACUGCCUACCUCGCACAUCAGCCGUAGCAAUCAUAGAAACAUUAAGCCCCCAUUCGCAUGACAGCUUUUUCAACGCGCGUUAAAAAAGCGCUUGAAUCUGUCCACACUCUAAAUUCGACUUAACGACCAAGGCUUAAAGUCGAAAAUCCAACAACGCUUGAUAAAAAGCGCCACCGCUGUCGUGUGAAUAAAUACACAUGUAUCCAUUUGUGUCACUCCAACGCUUUUUUAUCGCGCGUUGUAAAAGCGCCCGUGGGAAUGGGGGCUAAUUCGAUUAUUAAGGCUAGAGCACACGUAGAGCCGUGCACGGACACGUCACGCAAGCAGUGUGCCGUCUCAUAAGGAUCUGUAUACAUAUUACAACACGCGUGCACGUCUACGAACACGCAUCCGGUAUGCACAACCCUUUAACCCUUUUCCAGAUAUAGUACGAUUUAUCGACCACAUAGCUGCCAAUAGAAUUUCAACUUAAGCAUUCCGAUAUAAAGUUCAAAUUAGCUUUUGCGACUUGUCUCCAAAUGAAUUAUCAAAGCUGGAUUCAUUUGAAUAUGUUUGAUUUUUGUAGGAAAACCUUGAAGAUUGGUCCGGCCUGGUAAAGGGUUAAUCGUAUUAAAUCCAAAAAUUCGCCAUUAAUUUCAAAUUCUAACUGGUUUUUCAAUAAAUGUUGUGAGGCAGAACACGAUUGUGAGGGCAAUUUUGCGACGGUAGGUAAAUUUAUAACGUGGCAACGGUGACUGCCAUAAUUUUACAAAUCAUUCCAGUUAUUAUACUUUAUUUUUUAUUAUAUUAACAGAAUGUAAAAAAAAAUGUCCUAUUAAGUUAUUUAUAAAUAUUAGGUAAGUACCUACAGCUUGGCAAAAAAGGGUAGAAAUUAAAAAGUGGCAACACUGUAGUGUCGUCCCUUUCAAACCAAUUUAUAUAAGAAAACGGGACGACACUAUGUUGCAAUGUGCAAUUGUCACGUUUAUUCCGUGUACUGACCGCUUCUUUGUAGCUUACCUGAUGGUUUCGGCGGCGACGCUUGUCAUGUAAAAUAACAAACAUUUUAGGACCGCGCGGGUAGUUAUAUAUUGCCUAGGAACUUGUAAUUAAUAAUUAUAUAUUUUGUAUCAGUGGAGUUCGUCAGCUAAUUUAUAUUAUAAUUAUUAUGGUAAGACACGAUUGUUCGAAAUACAUUAUCAUGUAUUAAUUUCA